AUGAACUAUGCAAUCAAACUCUCGCUGUUUGCCUUUGUAUCUGAUACGAUUGCACGCUCUGUGACAGUGCAGAACAACUGUUCAUUUACUAUCUGGCCAGCCAUGUACACCGAAACCGGUGCAGCACCCAGUUAUGCAACCGGUUGGGAGGCUCCCCCCGACACGCAAGUUACGUUUGACGCACCUACCGGUUGGCGUGGCCGCAUCUGGGGCCGACGCGACUGUGAUUUUAGUACCAGCACUGGUGCAUGCAUCGAUGGUGGCUGCGAUGGUGGUCUCGAGUGCUCAGGGCCCGGCUCUGCUCCCGCUACGCUGGCUGAGUUUGCCCUUGAUUCAGAUGAGCAAGACUAUGUAGAUGUCUCCGUUGUCGAUGGUUUUAACCUUCCGUUGGAAAUUACCGACUCCGCCAACUGCGGUACUCCCAGCUGUCCGGUCGACCUCAAUACCAACUGUCCUGAACCUCUUCAAGGGCCUUUUGACUCCUCUGGUGCCCCUAUUGGUUGUAUGUCCGCAUGUGAAGCCAAAAUCUCAGGGGACCCUUCGAACUCGCCCGAUUGCUGUACCGGCAAUUACAGUACGCCCGCCACAUGCCCACCGUCCGGUGUGCAGUACUUCAGCUACUUCAAGGGGAACUGCCCUAACGCGCUAGCUUACGUGUAUGACGAAGGAUCGACGGCACUCUGGGUUUGCGCUUCCAAGCCCGAGUAUACCGUCACUUUUUGUCCCGCAUCCUGA